CUACUCAUCUUGAGCAGACGCACAAUCUUAUCAUUGAUCGAAAUCUAUACGCGGUACUGUUUAAAGAACUCAGUUCGGAGCGUCCAUUAUUUCAUCUUCAGAGAAGGAACUUACAACACUCGCCAUGAACACAACCUUAGUAGUUUUUGCAGCAGCGAUUGUCGCCGUCGUCCAGGCCACCGCUUGCAGGGUGGAUAGCGACUGUGGUACUGGACAAUGCUGCUACAUAAGGCCCGAAUUUGAAGUUGUCAGCAAGAAACGCCAGUCUUUACUUCCGGUUAUCAUGCCCACGGCUAGUGACCAAGGUGUUUGCGAGGAUUACCACACAGCCAACAGCGACUGCUACCCAUUGGAGACGAUGAACGGUCAUUGCGGCUGCGCACUGGGCACGUCCUGUCAGUUCGUGCCCCUGCCGACCAUGAGUAUGCCCUCAGCCGUCCAUGCUCAAGCCCGGAAAAUCUUCAUGCCAGGACCCGGGUCCUAUAAAUGCGUCGCUAAAAGUCCAUGAAUGAAGUCACAUCUUUCAUAAUCGUUAAUGACCCAUAAAUGUGAUCAAUGUGUAAUUUACAGACAAUAAAAUACAACUAUAA